AUGGAGACUGCGUCGCUCGACAAGGAGAAUGCGGUGCAACAGUCUAUUGCGAAGACGAAUUCCGCGGGGUAUCACUCUGACUAUCCGAGCCCAGGGAAGACAACUUCGGGAAGCCAGGAACAGGAGAACGGUUUGUCCGGAAAGGGGGGUGGUAAUGUCGUGAAUGGACUACGGAAAACCCCAGAUCUUCUUGUACGCGGUUCGACCCAGGGUGUUAAAACAGACGCCUCCAGGCAACCCUCCAAGGGCUAUGAAAAAUAUGGUAUUCAUUGGGCGCCUCUGAACAUCCGCCUCGAACGGCGAUUACAAACACUGGUUGUCCUAUGCCAUACCUUGACGAUUGCUAUAUGCCUUGGGGUGUUCUUUUUCACUUGUGCUAUUCCUUUAUCGUGGCCUCUUCUGGUACCGUAUCUGAUAUACAUCUCGUUAUUCUCAACUGCGUCGACUUCGGGCUCAUUGAAGUAUCGGAGUGGUUUGCUGCGAUCGCUCCCCAUCUGGUCGCUCUACGCCUCAUAUUUUCCGGCCCGUUUACAUCGUUCAGAACCUUUGCUACCGACAAGGAAGUAUAUAUUCGGUUAUCACCCGCAUGGAAUAAUUUCCCUUGGUGCAUUUGCAGCAUUUUGCACCGAGUCGCUGGGCUUCUCUAAACUUUUCCCCGGCAUAACCAACACUCUACUCACAUUGGAUUCCAACUUUCGAAUUCCAUUCUACCGGGAAUAUGCUCUUUCGAUGGGCCUCGCUAGUGUCUCGCGUGAAUCAUGUGAAAAUAUCCUCACUAGAGGUGGAGUAGAUGGCGAAGGGAUGGGACGUGCUAUUACAAUCGUCAUAGGUGGUGCACGGGAAUCCCUCAACGCAUCCCCAGGCUCAUUACGUCUUGUCCUGAAGCGACGCAAAGGAUUUAUAAAAUUAGCGAUUCGGACUGGUGCAGAUCUCGUACCCGUGUUGGCGUUCGGGGAAAACGAUUUAUAUGAACAAGUCCGCUCCGAUAGUCAUCCCCUCAUCCACAAGUUUCAAAUGAUGGUGAAGCAGACACUUGGGUUCACUAUCCCCUUGUUUCAUGCUCGGGGGGUCUUCAACUACGAUGUUGGCUUAAUGCCGUACCGGCGCCCCUUGAAUAUUGUCGUUGGUCGUCCUAUCCAUGUAAUACAGCAGCAAGAUAGGAACAAAAUCGACGAUGACUACAUCGAUCGGCUCCACACAGAGUAUGUGAGAGAACUUGAAAGGUUGUGGAAUGAAUCGAGAGAUGUUUAUGCCAAAGACAGGGUCGCUGAUAUUGAGAUUGUCGCCUAA